CUCUCAGCAAAGUUUGAGAGGGGCCUAUGGCUAUGAGUGAACUGGGCACGCAGAAGUCUGGUGCCUUGAAGGCUGGUGAAGGCACCGUGUCUCGCCUGCUCAAUGUGGUGGAAAGUGAGCUUCAGGCAGGGCGGGAGAAAGGAGACCCCACCGAGAAGCAACUUCAGAUCAUCCUGGAGGAUGCCCCCCUCUGGCAGAGAUUCAAAGAAGUCACAAAUGAAAUGAUUGUGACCAAGAACGGCAGACGGAUGUUCCCUGUCCUGAAGAUUAGUGUCACAGGACUGGACCCCAAUGCCAUGUACUCUCUUCUGUUGGACUUUGUCCCAACUGACAGUCACCGCUGGAAGUAUGUGAAUGGGGAAUGGGUACCGGCAGGCAAGCCAGAGAUCUCUAGCCACAGCUGUGUCUACAUUCACCCCGACUCCCCCAACUUUGGGGCUCACUGGAUGAAAGCUCCCAUCUCCUUCAGCAAAGUGAAGCUGACCAACAAGCUCAAUGGAGGCGGGCAGAUAAUGCUGAAUUCUCUGCAUAAAUAUGAACCCCAGGUUCACAUAGUACGUGUUGGAGGUGCCCACCGAAUGGUCAUGAACUGUUCCUUCCCUGAAACCCAGUUCAUAGCUGUGACUGCCUAUCAGAAUGAGGAGAUCACAGCUCUCAAAAUCAAGCACAACCCCUUCGCCAAGGCCUUCCUGGAUGCCAAGGAAAGAAAUCACCUGAAGGACAUCCCGGAGGCUGUCUCUGAGAGCCAGCACGUGGCCUAUUCUCACUUGGGAGGCUGGUUCUUUUCCAAUCCGGAUGGAGUGUGUGCAGCAGGAAACACCAAUUACCAGUAUGCUGCCCCUUUGCCUCUGCCUGCUCCCCACACCCACCAUGGCUGUGAGCACUACUCUGGCCUCAGAGGCCAUCGGCAGACUCCCUACCCUUCUGCAUACAUGCAUAGAAACCAUUCUCCCUCAGUGAAUCUGAUAGAAAGCUCAAGCAAUAAUCUGCAAGUUUUCUCGGGACCUGACAGCUGGACUUCCUUAUCGUCCACACCCCAUGCCAGCCUUCUGUCUGUACCUCACACCAACGGACCAGUCAAUCCAGGGCCCAGCCCCUAUCCAUGCCUGUGGACCAUCAGCAAUGGAAGCGGGGGCCCUGUGGGGUCGGGCCCAGAGGUGCACACCAGCACCCCGGGAGCAUUUCUUCUCGGGAACCCCACUGUGACUUCAGCUUCCUCUGUGCUCCCCACCCAAGCAUCGACUUCAACUGGUGUGGAAAUUCUGGGUGAGCCUUCGCUGACCAGCAUUGCCGUGUCCACCUGGACGGCAGUGGCUUCACAUCCCUUUCCAGGCUGGGGUGGCCCAGGUGGGGGUGGGCGUCAUUCCCCCUCUUCUUUGGAUAGUUAGGCAGGAUUGUAGGAGCUUCCUUCAGCAGAGAACUGUCCAUGUGUAGGUGCCUAGAGACCCCAUCCACUGAUCACAGUGAGUCAGGCUAUAGGCUCUCUGCACCCCAGAGGGCUGGAGAGCUGGAUGGGUGAAAACUGGAAAUCCUUCCAGGAGAUAGUUUAAUAAGGAUGAUGCUAAUUUUGCCACUUGCAUCUCCAAGGCAGUCCUGUUUUUCUCUGAGCUUACCCUUGCCAUGCUUAGGUGACAAAGUCUGCUUUGUCUAAGUACCUUCCUUGUGUCCUGCCCCUUACUCUCAAGUGAUUCUGGAAAGCUUAAUUUCUUUUUCUCUGGAGUUGGUGCAUGACUGUCAAGUGAGAUCAAAGUUUACCUAGCAAGGACACUACUUCCUAGCUUUGUACAGCCUUAGAAAGCAUGUGUGACCACAGGGACUGGGCUGGCUUCUGCUUUGAGCCCAAGAGGGUGUGGACCCAUAAAAUUAACAAUAAUAAGCCAAUAAUAAAGCAACCCUGUGUGACUCACAGAAGUGCACCUGGAAUUGAGGAAAUGAGAUCAUGCCCUUCACUAUCUCACAUUCCGUGGCUCCCCAUUGUCUACAGAAUGAAGUCUGAUCCCUUACUCUAAGGAGAGCCUUACAUCUGGCUUUCCUCUACAAUCUCUAGCUUUGGCUCCCUCUGUUAACCGUUUAGCACUCUCUACUACAGUCAAGGCAGACAGCUCUGCCCCCUGAACUGACUGCCGUUGCCUUCCUCAACACCUCUGCCUGAAGCAUCCUCUAUAGUUCUUCCUGUGUGAAUUGUACUGGCUGAAAGGUCAUUCCUUGCAUUGAUUGCCUGAGGUGAUGUAUUUGUCUUUCUCUGUCCCCUGCUUUCCCACUGUUUUUACCUCAGUAUAGGACUCACCUCAUUCUGCCUUGUAUUUUUGUUAACUGUGAGUGUGUCUUUCUCCCUACUAGAUUGUAAGCCUCUUCAGGGAAAGGCCUAGCCUUCCUGUCAUUGUGCCUAUAGCACCUGGUACUGUGCCUUGACUACCUUA